CCUUCCCAUCGCCCUAUCGCGACACUUCAUCUCUAUCCCCGCCUCGACGAUCAUUUUCAACACAUCUCCGCCCCUUCCACCCGACACAAACUCCCUCCCACCCAAACUUCUGUCACGCAUCGCGUCGAGAGCGCGCGCACCCUCGCACCCUCUUCUCCGCUUACCGCCGUUGCAAACGAACGAAAAUACCACUCAAAUAACCAAUAAUAGGUGACGAUAUAUAAAAUGGCUGAUUAUAUGGAGACUGGCCACGUCACCGAUGAUCUCAAACCCGAAUUUGCAGAAUACGAGAAGGCUAACCGUGCUGCCAUCGAGGACCCUGAUGACUUUGAAGCCUGGGAAAAGCUUGUCCGUACCACCGAACAGUUGGAGGGAGGUUUGACUCGCAAUAGUUCGCCUCAGGCUAUCGCUGCUACUAGAGGGGUUUUCGAUCGCUUUUUGGCGAGGUUCCCAUUGCUCUUUGGGUACUGGAAGAAAUAUGCCGAUUUGGAGUUUAGUAUUGCGGGGACUGAGGCAGCCGAGAUGGUAUAUGAGCGUGGAGUCGCCAGUAUUACCAACUCUGUCGAUCUAUGGACCAAUUAUUGCAAUUUCAAAGUCGAGACUAGCCAUGAUCCCGAUGUUAUCCGAGAGUUGUUCGAGCGUGGUGCGAAUUCAGUUGGCUUGGACUUUCUUGCCCAUCCCUUUUGGGACAAGUAUAUUGAAUUCGAAGAACGAUUGGAAUGCGAGGACAAAAUAGUUGCCAUUCUAGACCGUGUCAUUCAUAUUCCUAUGCACCAGUAUGCCCGUUAUUUCGAACGUUUCCGCCAACUGGCCCAGACCCGUCCUCUCGAGGAGUUGCUACCCUCGGAUACCCUAGCCCACCCCCGGCCGCUGUUCAGGCCGCGUGGGGAAUUGGAAAUUGAGAGGGAGAUGAGGGUCAGGAUUGAUAAUUUCCACUUGGAAAUAUUUUCCCGUACACAGACUGAGACAACCAAGAGGUGGACUUACGAGUCCGAAAUCAAACGCCCAUACUUCCAUGUCAACGAACUGGAUGAGCCGCAAUUGGUGAAUUGGCGGAAAUAUCUUGAUUUCGAAGAGGUGGAGGGUGAUUUCACUAGAACACAAUUUCUUUACGAGCGUUGUCUUGUUACCGCUGCAUUUUAUGAUGAAUUCUGGUAUCGUUAUGCGAGAUGGAUGUCCGCCCAGGAUGGUAAAGAGGAAGAAGUCAGAAACAUUUACCAGAGAGCUAGCAUGGCUUUCGUGCCCAUCACGCGACCGGGUAUCCGAAUCCAGUACGCGCAUUUCGAGGAGUCCCAAGGGAGGGUUGACAUGGCGAGAGCAGUCUUGGAAUCCAUUCUUGAGCAGCUGCCUGGACACAUUGAGACAAUUGUAGCCUGGGCGAACCUUGAUCGCAGACAGGGCGGACUUGACGCCGCAAUCGCCAUCUACCGAGCCCAGAUUGAAAGCGACAAAUGUGACAUCUACGCAAAGGGUGCUCUUACUGCAGAAUGGGCCCGCCUUCUGUGGAAAAUCAAGGGUAGCGUUGAUGAAGCACGCCAGGUUUACCAAAAAAAUCACCAUUGGUACCUUGACAGCAGAUACUUCUGGAUCAACUAUUUACAGUUUGAGAUGGAGCAACCAACAAGCGCCGAGACAGAACACCAGAAUCAUGAUAGGAUCCGCCAGGUAGUUGAUGAUAUCCGUAAGAAGAGUCAUCUUCCACCAAUCGCCAUCAAGGAUUUGACGCACUUCUACAUGGUAUAUCUGUUGGAGCGCGGCGGUAAAGAUGCUGCUAAGGAGUACAUGGUAUUAGAUCGUGAGGUCAAUGGGCAAGUCAAAUAAUUUCUCCCUUCUUGAAUCCCUCCCUUGUCCCCCCCCCCUCGAGCCCAGCGCCUCACAGGACAGGUUUUGUGACUUCAAUUCGUCACUCCAUCCGCGACGAAGCCUAAUGGGCUUGCCCCAUCGGGCACCGAAUUAACUUCUAACUGAGCAAAUCAUUCCUCUCCUCCCCUUCUCCCCAUGUCGGUUUGAUCCACUCUUCUGACCUAGCAAUCCCCUGUAAACCUUAUCCCAUUCAUUGUAUUAUAAUUCUUUCCCUAGCAAGCUUGCGUUAUUCUUCCCCAUGUAUCCCUUUACACUAGUAUGCUCACCUACUCAUUUCUCCUUCCUUCCUAUCUACCCUCAUAUGUUUUCAUCGCUAACGCUGUCGCUUUCUAUAGACCUUUCUCUGUUCAAUCUGUGAACAAAUCGAAGCUAGCCGAGGAUGGGAAAGAGUCCACAACUGACCGCCGUCUCAUGAUGGAGAAUGGCCAUCCCGGAGUUGAAAUUGAUGAGGCUGCCAUUCGUAGAGGCGAAAAUCCUUAUACCAAGUACUUCCAACAACAAGGGGAGCAACCACAGACUACCCCAGCACAGGCUUAUUAGUUUGCAAACCCAGUAAACAGAAAUUUGCCAUGGCUUCCCCUUACUGUCCCCCUCUUUUGCUAUAUUUUCCUCGAUCACCCUCACCUCACGCUUUGAGGGCAAACCUAAUGACCAAAAUCCAAAAAAUCUUUUUUAACUUUUCUGUGACACAAAACUCUCCACCACGACUUUUUGCUCUUGUAUCCUAGUCUCUUGUCUGUAGUUAUAUUUUCUCCAGCCUCUUCCCUUAUUUCUCCACACCCCCUCUUAACGGGGAGUUGUUUACGUCUACACAGGCAGGAGGAUCUCUACAGGGCGGUGAAAGUUAUACUCCAGUCUAGUCUAUCUACUUAGCAUAACUUAGUCUAGUUAUUUUUUUUUCUCCUUGCUUCUUCUGCUCUCGGUCCGAAUAAAUAAAUGAAAUACUUUGC